GUUCGUUGCAUGUGAAUAUGUAAUUGUGCGAGAUUUCAUUGAAGCGGACGUGUGUGAGUGCAUUGUAAGCGGAGAACCAAAAUCUGCAUUUUAUUUGCGAUUAAAGAAUAGUUGACCAGAAGAUACAACAAAACGCGUAGGACAAAAAUAUACAACAUACAAAAGAAAGGUUUGUGUGCUAAACUUUGUGUUUAUAGUGUUAAAUUAAUUAGUUUUCCAUAAAGUUUUUUUUGGCGGCAUUUAAGUGCCGAAAUUCAAGUGGCGUCUGCAAUUUUCAUGUUGAGAUACAACAAAGUUACCAUCGAAUAAAGUUCAUAUCUACUAAUUAACGCCAAGAUGUCGACAAAGACUACAACACAACAUACGCGUCGUGCACCACUUUCGCUGUCCGGCGGAGGCAAACAGCAGAGUCAAAAUAAUCAUAGCGGCAAAUCUGCAGACUCGAAUGGCAAUUCAAAUAAUAGUGCUAGCGCUAAAAAUGACAAUAAACAUUCUGCAAGUCAGAAGACUGAAUUGAAUGUUAACGAUGCAAAGGAAUCGACACCGAAAGAUUUGAAGAAAGCGCAGAAUGUUGAGAAAAAACCACCACAACAAACCGCUAAUAAUGAGACAGUGAAGAAAAAUGAAAAGAUUGAUGAGAAGAAAACCCAAAAUGGUAAUGGCAAAGCGGCUGCGAAUGGCGGUGCCAAGGAGAAACAUCAAAAUGGUAGUGAUAAACAGGACAAUAAUGGUAAUAGUUCCAAUACCAAAGCGAACACUACCAGUUCUAACGCCAAGACGACCACUUCUAAUUCAAAUGGAAAUUCCAAUGUCAAGUCUAAUGUAAAGUCAAGUGAAAAGACUGCAACCGCGGCCGUCGUUAAGGAAGACACAAAAACUAAGGAGCAAAAGCCUGCAGAGCCCGUAGAAAAAAGUGCAAAAGAUUCAGUGAAAGAGAAGGAAAAAGAAACCGAAAAGGAAAAAGAAAAAGAGAAAGAGAAAAAGAAAGAAAAUGAACAGGAAAAAGUUGUUGAGAAAGAAACUAGAUCUCGACGUCAGGAGGUUUCUGCGGCAGCAGAACCUGAAAAGAAGCAAUUGGACAAAAUUGAGCCUACCAAAAGCGAUGAAACGAAAACUGAAGUAUCAACACCAACAUCGCGCUCCAGUGCUGCACAGGCAAAAUCAAGGACUACACCUACAACAGGUGUAGAAAAAUCUGGUAGAAGUACUCCAACAAAACCUGUGGAAAAGCCUUCCACUCCUUCCACACGUAACAAAACCGUCACCACAGUUAUUGAUGAUGUUGAAAUGGAGCCACUGACCGUGGAAUCUUCACCAGCCAAGUCCAAAGAGAAUACUAUACCAGUUACAGUCGCUACAGCUGCGCCCGUGCUACAGCCACCAGCUGCCACUUCGACGCCUGAUAAAGCUCCAUUGGUAACAUUAAGGACUAAAACGCACAACGUCGAUGUCAAAUCAGAUCACGCAAUAAAUGCACUCAGCAGUGGCAAUUCACCGGAUCGCAAAAGUGUACCGCGCACUUUCAAUCAUAUCGGUGGACGCCGCAGCAUACGUCCACUCACCGAAUACACACCAUCGAAAUUCCAAAGCAAUUUACCGUUUCGUGAAUCUUAUCGUCGCAUUAACACUGAAUUGGAUGUCAGUUCAACGACCAAUACCAGCAUGAACGUUACAGUUGGCUCUGAGGUACCAAACAACUCAUCCUUCUCAUUUUUCGGACGUGGGCGUAAACGUGACCGCACUCCACCACCACAGUCACAAUCCGCUAUGGAGCUGCAAACAGACGCUGAUUAUUCGCCGCCAAAACGUGCACGCUAUGAUAUGUACAGUUUGUUUAGCGUUGUUUCUUCACCAUUAACAAUGCUACGUUCGCGUUUUUCGAGAGCAUCCAUACAAAGCAGCACACCGAUGAAGUUGACCUCUAAACUUGCAGCCGCAGAUGAAGAUGAGGCCGAUGUACAAAAUGUAUCCGGUAUUUCGAUUGAAGAGGGUAACGCCACCGAUGCCGCUGAAAGUGACGAAAAGACUGCGACCGAAGACAUCACUGUUGGCAAGAACACCGAUGAGGACACCACACCCAAAAUGGAUACGUCACCAAUGAAGGUCGAUGAAAAGUGUGGCAUGGAGAAGGGCGAUGAAGUGAAUGAUGAGCUGGAUGUAUCCAAGUCUUCGAAUGUGCAUGAGGUUGCCGCUGGUAUCGCAGACACAUCCGUUUCUUCGGCUAAAAAUAAGAGAUGUAAUAUUAUGUAAAGUGUAUUGUUUAUAAUAGUUA